UCCUUGUCGUGUUAGUUUAGAUGAGUUCUAACCGACAUAAUGUACGGAUGGUUUAACACUACCGGUUGUCUUGAUAGUGUUUGCUGACUGCUCACACGACUCGAAUACACAAGCAACGACUGUCACCUCAGGUAAGUUAGGUUAUGAAGACGCGCGACAGUGUGUUGUUGCUUUAUUAAAAAAUUAGAUCAACACGGAACGUAUUGUGUAGUGAAAUAACAAAUAAGGUUACAAUAUGAGUGCCUAACGCGACAGAUUUAUCUUAAUUAUGUCUAGUGCACAAGUUAAUAACAAACCAGUAUCGCGUUGACAUUAAUGGAGUGCUCGUGUGUGAUAGUGACUGGCCGAGAUUUUUUUUAAAUCACCCGCGUAAUUUCUCAUUUGGAAAUUCGUGUUGUGUUCGAAAUUUAAAUUUGUGUUGAGUGUAAUGGAGUUCCAGUACUAUGGUAACUUUGACCGUCAGCCAAUACGGAGGAUCCCGGAUCAGCCGUGGUGGGAUGAGGAGGACACGCUAACGGACCGCCGGCUUAACGGGAUGUCUCUGGACGAAGGCAGACAGUCCCAGCGGCCGUACCGGUACGGCAUGGUGCUGUUGUGCGCUGGCGCACUCAUCAACUGGCUGGGCCUAGCGGAGGACUACGCGGAGCCUGUACGCUACGUGGGCGUCGCGUGCAUCGUCGCAGGCGCCUUGCUUAUCUGCGCCGCCAUGUGCUGCUGGCUGCAGUCGCCCGCACGGCAACCACACAACGACCGCGCAACGCCUGACACCCACCAGAUUGACGAUCCCAUUCACGUGAUAUCGAUGCCGGACGAGGAGACGAUGCAGCAGAAGCCGCCAGACUACGAGACUGUAGCGGGCGCCCCGCCCACCUACGAUGAUGCCAUCAAGCUGAACCCCGCGCGGCUGCUUCCCGCCACUAGCAGCGCGCGUCUAGAACCUUCCACCGCCGCGGAAGUGCCCAUCAUACCCGGCCAGAUGGACGAUGUCCCCGCCCCUGUACACCUGCCCCAUAGCCACACACAGACCCAAGUUCCCAAAACACCGCCGCCUCCCUACAGGCCGACCCACGCCAUCAGAUGAAAGCCAGGCGGGCAUCCACGUGUGCUAGUACUUUAAAUCGACUGCGUUUCAUGUGAUGAGACUUGUAAAUAAUCAUCGAACGUUCCCCAAGUCUCGAAUGCGGACAUAUCCAUUGUUGAAAUAUUGCGGUAUUAUUUUUCGUACGUCUGGCAUAUCCACACAUGAAACUGUUAUUUUUUAAUUAAUGUAGGCUGUCAAACUUAAGAGCGAUGCGUACUUAUGUGAUAUUAAAAUGUUAUAAUUAGUUACUUAAUAUAUUUUUACUGUAUAUAUUUUAUAGUUUUAAAUCAAAGCUGAACGUAAUGAAAAACUACCUUAUUUCAGUGGGACAGUAUCGGUGAGCAUAGGGGUAUAGGUAAUAAAGCAAUAAUUUAUAAAUAUUUACUAAAAAUAGAAAGAAACCAAUAGAAUUGUUCGUUCGGUAUUUUAUUGUAUAUUUAUAAACAUUGUGUAGUAUUGUGCCAUUCAUAGAAAAGCUACGUAAACUAAUAUAAACACGGCAGCCGCCUAGAGUAUUCAUGUUAAAACAUUUCUGUUAUUGCUCAUUUAAUUUAUUUAUAUUGUACAAAGCAGAGUUUACUUUUUAGGCUUACCUACUUUAUUUUGGCUUCAUUAACUUAUUGAAAAAAAUGCUUUCUUGUUUCAAAUUCGGUGUUUUAAAUUAAAUAUUUUUGUAUAUUGGCAACACUAGGGGUAAAUGACUGAUCUGACGAGGGAAAUCGAAUUUUAAACCGUGACGAAAAUGAUGUUUUAUACAUAACACUAAUGCACGUAUGUACUACACCUAUACAUUCUAUGUUUGGCUGUAUUUAAUUCACGUUGUACUUGAAUGCAUAGAUGUAUUUAGUGUUUAGUGAUACUGACUCGUUUCAAAGUUAUUCUAGUCCUCAACUUAACGACUAAAAUACUUGUCAUUUAGUCACCAACAUGCAUAAUUAUUUGUAAUUUGUACACAUCGUUAUUGCACAACUUGAAUGACGUUUUGUUUAGUACCAUGCUUAGACGGAGAAACCAUAAAAAUUGUAUGUUGAGGUUACGUAAACAAUAUGCUUAUAAACGGUGCUAUUUUUACAUAAUCUCAGCAUAAGUUUUUUGACAUUGAAAAUUAUAACCUAUCAAGUAAAUUAUGACCCACACUAACCUCUAAAACUUUAAUUAACACUUAAUUACAAAAUUUAUAUUGUAUAAAACAAAACACAGCUGAAUAACGUUUCGUUUUAAGACAAACGGAAUUUGAAUUUAAACAAUAGACAAUAUUUUUUAUUAUUUACAAUGGCAACAUGCUCAAUAUUUGUAAAUAAUCUACUAACAACUAACAUGCAAAUUGCAGUUGGUCUGAAGUAACGGACACUUAAAACAGUAGCCAUCAAUUGCAAUAACAGUAUUUUUAACGCGAUUUGUAAUCUCAAGUCCGUGUAAAAAUACUGUUAAUGUAUAAACAAUCAUUCUGUGUAACAAAAACGAACUGAGAGAAUUUUCCUAUAAACAGCACCAUGGUAACAUAAUUAUUUAGUAAUUAUAUUUUAUUACCAUUGAGCGUACUAACUUUAAAGUGGGACCAAUUCCUGAUAUACAUUAACUUUAUUGUAAUGUUCUAAAGUUUCAUUUAAUUGCAACACUUUGUGCUUGCGAGUUAUUUUGAUUUAAGAGUUUUACAAUGCUGAAGUUGUGCAUUUAUUAUUUGUACAUUAUACAAAGCUGCGAAAAUUAAGUGUACAUACAAAAUAAAUGUUGUUGCAAU